AUGAGGACAUCUCUGGAGUGCAUACAGGUGAACACAAAUGGUCACACAGAGCUCGGGCUCACUUGCCUGAUACACCAGUCAUCGGAGCAGAGGCAUCAGGAUAACGUUGGAGCUGUUGACGCCGAGGACCUUGAUCUUCAGUGGUUGAGUUGGUGGUUCUCUGGCUGGGACAUGGGCAGGCUUCUGCUCCACACAAACCGGUCCAAGGCAUGGUUGAUAAAACGUCUAGGGGCUGGCGAGGAGAGUAUGUGUAUGAGUGUGAGGGUUUUCUACGCUGUGGUGUCUAUUAGUGACAAUGUUACUUCCAGUCUUAGUUGCACAGGUACAGUGACCAUCACUGUUACUGAUGUAAAUGACGAAACUCCAACCAUCAGGAGGUAUGUACAAACUGCAUGGGGUGCAAGCCAGACCAUCUUCUUCACAGAAAUCCUUGAGAUCUCCAGAAAUGUGAUCUCUGGAAAUCUUGGUGGAAAUGAAUCCAGAGCCUUGAACUGCUCAACACUGAGGAAUCGACCAGCAGUUACUAUUCCAGAGACCACGGCUGUUGGUACUUUGGUGUACAAGUUAACUGCAUCUGAUCCUGACGGAGAUUCUUUACAAACUUUCCCUUACCAACAGCACAUGAUCUGGGCCAGUGAAAUAUUAGCUCCAAGCUUGGAGUUUGCUUUACAAAAUCAGUAUUCCUUCCUGGCAAGCUCUUCACACAACACUACUGCUCGAUUUAGUUUGGAUACUUUGGGCAAAAUUUCAACAGCAGCUGCACUGAAUUUUGAAAACGGUGACAUGGUUUUCUAUGCUGUGGUGUCUAUUAGUGACGAUGUUACUUCCAGCCUUAGCUGCACAGGUACCGUGACCAUCACUGUUACUGAUGUAAAUGACGAAUCUCCAACCAUCAGCUCCUGCCCUUUGAGCACCUUGAUCCUGAAUGAAGAAGAUGCUGCUGGAAAAACAUUGAUCACUUUGUUCGCUUCAGAUGGUGAUGACAACGAUAAUCUGACUUUUAGCUUUGCAGUAGAUGAGCCCAACUUUGAAAUCCACCAAGUUUCUGACACUGCAAUAAUUACCAAUUCAUUGAAGCUAGACUAUGAGAAUACCUCAACUAUCAGAUUCUAUACACUAAGAACAGUUGUUGCAGAUCAGAGCGGUAACAUAGCAAUGUGUAACGUGAAUGUAUCUCUGAAUCCCGUCAAUGAAGCUCCCAUUUGUGAAGCUAGUUUUGAAGCAGGAACAGGACCAUCAGUCACCAUUCCAGAGACAGCCGCUAUUGGUACCUCUGUUUAUAAAUUAACUGCGUCUGAUCCUGAUGGAAAUACUUUGCAGUAUUCCAUUCUGCCAAAUUCCACCCCCAACUCUACCGCUCGAUUUAGCGUGGAUAAUUUGGGAUUAAUUUCUACAGCAUCUGCUUUAAAUUUUGAAAAUGGUGACAUGCUUUUCUAUGCUGUGGUAGCUAUUAAUGACAGCGCAACUACAAGCCUCGGGUGCACAGGCACAGUGACAAUCACAGUAACUGAUGUAAAUGAUGAAAGUCCGACAUUCAGCUCCUGUCCAGUGAGUACUUUGAUCAUGGAUGAAGAAGUUCCUGCUGGGACAGCAGUGAUCACCUUAUCUGCCUCGGAUGAUGAUGACAAUGAGAACCUAACCUUUAGCUUCGCAGUAAAUGAACCUGUCUUUGAAAUCCACCAAGUUGCCAACACUGCAAUAAUCACCAAUGCACUUAAACUGGACUAUGACAAUGACUCUGUUGUCAAAUCCUACACACUAAAUCUAGUCGUUACAGACCUUCAAGAUAACACGGCAAUGUGCAACCUGGAUGUAGCCUUGCUUUCCAUCAAUGAAGCUCCUAUAUGUGAGGCUGAUUUUGAAGCAGGGACAGGACCAACUGUCACCAUUCCAGAGACGAGUCCUGCUGGUACCUCGGUCUAUAAGUUAACUGCAUCUGAUCCUGAUGGAGACAUUUUACAUUAUUCCAUCCUGACGAGCUCUUCUACCAAUACCACUGCUCGAUUUAGCGUGGACAAUUUGGGUCAAAUUUCCACAGCAGCUGCUUUGAACUUUGAAAAUGGUGACACGUUUUUCUAUGCUGUAGUAUCUAUUAAUGACAAUGCGACUACAGGCCUUGGCUGCACGGGCACAGUGACAAUCACAGUUACUGAUGUAAAUGAUGAAAGUCCAACAUUCAGCUCCUGCCCAUCAAGCAACUUGAUCCUAAGUGAAGAAGUGGCCGCUGGAACCAAAUUGACUACUUUAUCUGCCUCAGACAAUGAUAACAAUGAUACUCUAACAUUUAGCUUCUCAGUAAAUGAGCCUGACUUUAAAAUACAGCAAGUUGAGGACACUGCAAUAAUUACCAAUGUGUUCAAGAUGGACUAUGACAAUGCUUCUGCCAUCAGAUUCUAUACAUUAAAUAUAGUUGUUAUGGACCAGGCAGGAAAUACAGCAAUGUGUAAUGUGAAUAUAUCAUUGAUUCCUGUCAACGAAGCUCCUGUAUGUGAUGCUGAUUUUGAAGCAGGAACAGCCUCUGUGGAUAUUAAUGAGACCCAUGAUGUCCUGACAACCAUUUACAAAGUCGUUGCAACAGACCCAGAUUUCGAAGACUCUUUGACAUAUGAGAUUGCAUCCCAGGUGUCUGGCCCACUUAUAGGAGGAAAUAUCUUCAGUAUCGAUUCAGCGACUGGAAUUAUCUACAGAAAUAUAUCAACAUCACUGGAUUACGAUUCUGGCUAUCAUGCAAGUUUAUAUCAUAAAUUUUAUUCAAAUUACAAGGCCACAAUGAACAUUGAUGAGAAUUACCCAAAUCUGAAAACGAUCUACCAGGUUACUGCUACAGACCCUGAUGAAGGGGAUUCACUGACAUUUAGCAUUGUGUCCCAGGAAUCUAGUCCAAUCACCGGAGGUAAUCAGUUCAGCAUUGAUCCUGACACAGGAAUCGUGUACAGAAACUCAACAACAGUUCUGGACUACGACCACACAUAUCAUUUUUUCACACUAAAGAUUGAGGUAGAUGACAAAGGAAACCCGGCUCCACAACACUCUUGCAAGGGAACUUUGACCAUCAUUGUAAAUGACUUAAAUGAUGAGGAACCUAUAUUUACACCUAUUCCCUCGCAUACAAUUCAAGCACAAGAGGAAGUGCUUCUUGGAACUCUAAUUGGGAAGGUGGAAGCUUUUGACUGGGAUGAGAAUGAUAAUGUCUUGUUUGAGUUCAUUGAUAAUCAGCCUCUGUUCUCUUUGGACAACGAUUCUGGCGAUAUUAUUCUACAGAGCCGGCUGGACUACGACAGCCCCGAUGUUGCACAAGUCCACUUUUUAGCCAUCAGAGCAUACGACAAUAAUCGGACGCACUCAUCCACGUACACCCUGACAGUCUCUGUGGUUAAUAUCGAUGAAGCACCCAACUGCGACCCUGCAUUCACUGUCGGUGCAGGUAUUUCACUGAGUAUUCCUGAAAACUUUCCAACUUCAGGAUCAGUUUAUCAGAUCCUUGCUGCUGACCCAGAUGUCAACGAUUCUGUCACAUACUCUAUAACAGAAGAAACCUCAGGAACUAAACAAUACUUCAUCCUGGAUUCCAGCACUGGACUCAUUUCUAGAACUUCCAUUUCACCUUUAGAUUAUGAAAAAGGCAUAAAGAGGUUUCAGAUGAAAAUAGUGGUGGCGGAAGUGGGAAAGAGCAGCCCCAAGUCCUGCACUGGCUCCAUUACAAUUAAUCUGGAAAAUGUCAAUGAUGAAUCGCCACAAUUCAUGCCAAUAUCACCUAACCCAUUAACUAUUGAUGAGAAUCUGCCUUGGGGAACAUUCUUAAUUAGAGUUAACGCCACUGACGAGGAUGUAGAUGAUGUCAUUUAUUAUGAAUUUGUGAAGACUCACACGGGCUUCCUGAUUGAAGAAGAUACUGGUGAGAUCAAAAUAGCCUCCUUGUUGGAUUAUGAUGAUAUCAACACACUCACCACUUCAAUUCUGGAGAUAAGAGCUUAUGAUACAGACCGAGUGCAUUCCUCCACCGCAACGCUUACUAUUCAUAUUGCGGAUGUGAACGAUAACCCUCCCCAGUGCUCCCGGUACCUUUACAACAUGGAGCUUGCUGAGACUUCCCCACAGGGUACUCCAGUUGUGUCACUAAACUGCUGGGAUAAUGACAGAACACCAGCAAAUAAUAUCUUGAACUACAGUAUGGUUCUUGACUCAUAUUCGACAGGAAGGUUUAACAUCACUGGUAAUGAAAUAACAAUUGGGUCAUCGCUCUUGCAGUAUGAUGAUAACUCAUUUGCUGCAGUUCAUUUUCAACACUUGAUCAUUGUUAAGGUAACAGAUAAUGGAAAGCCUCAAUUGACAAGUACCGCCACAGUUAUAGUGAAGGUUACACCAGUGAAUGAGUGGAAUCCUGCAUCAGGAUCACGAACGUUUAACGUCUUUGAAGACAGCCCAAUUGGGGCUCUCAUUGGAACUGCAAUAUUUACUGAUGAUGACCUCCCGUUUAACAACAUCAAAUAUUCGAUCGUAGGAGGCAACAGUGAAAUCCCACCUAUAUUUUACAUUGAAUCUGACUCAGGCCGAAUACGACUUUUAAAUUCCUUGGACAGAGAGAAACAAGAGACUUAUGUCCUCACUGUCAAAGCAACAGAUAUGAAAAAUGAUCUUCAAAUCGACCCGCUUAAGCAAAGGAGCAGCUCAGCCAUAGUGACUGUUAAUGUCUUGAAUGUGAAUGAUGAGGCUCCAGUAUGUAACCCCGAUUAUUUCGAGAGCACCAUCUACUCCACCAUCACCACCCCCUUUGUUCAGUUGCAGUGCUCUGAUAGAGAUUCUCCUGACAGUGAACUCAGCUACUCAAUAGUGGGAGAAAACACAGAGGACCUCUUUGAGCUACAGAGACCAGACAACAAUCCUCCUAAGGUGGUCUCCACUCAGCGGUUUCAGUUUGACACAUUUCGAGGUAUUGAGCACUCCAGGGAGUACACCUUGCUGAUCCAGGUGACAGAUGAGCUUGGCAAGGACAAACAUCAGCAGCUCACGUCCACGGCGACUGUGGUGAUACAUGUGGUGCCAUGGACAACCACACAACCAACUACUACCACCACCACCACCACCACACAGUUUACCACCAGUGUCUUGUCAAUAACCUCCUCCUACUGGGCUCCUGAGAGUUGGUUUGUGGCAGUGAUUACUCUAUCUGCAGCCCUGACGGUGCUUGUCAUCUCUGGAAUAGCCUGGGCUUGUGCCACAAGGAUUCCACCAAACAAGCUGAGAUCUAUACUAAGGCCAUGAAUCCUUUCUCCACAACCAGAGGAGUCAUCCGAUGGGAAAGCUGUAAAACCAGGUGGAGUGAAUUACCAUGAACAAUUGAUGCUUUCUACUAUAGCAGCUCAUCUAUGUAGCAUUUAUCUUGGACAAGGAAUACUGUUAACUCGUCUGCCUUAGUUUCAGAAAAUUGGUGCAUGUACAAUAGUGAGAUGGCGCAGUGUAAAUGGAUAAGUGAAGAAUAAAUAACAUGAGCAACUGUUGGAUGAUGGGACUGUUCCAUUAGAAUGGAUCCGAAUAUAUACGUGAAAGUUGUUAUGAUGAAUUGUAAACUUAGUUUCUCUGUCAAUGUUUAAUGCUACAACAAAUGGAAUAACAUUGAAUCUAUUUAUUGACAUGUUACCUCAAUUACAGUAAUGCCAAAACUGGAUCUGGUUUUGAACUUUGUCAAGACAUCCCAAACAUUCAGCAGUAAAUGUCCGAUUUGCCCCUCAGUAGCAUGUACAAACUGUAUAGUCAUAUCUGUAGGAUGGACAGUGGGUAACUUGUUAAUAGAACAAAUGGA